AUGUCAGUGCCAAAAGCGGUAACCCCGAGCUACACUCGGGGCUUACCGUGCGGCGCUGCAUAGGAAGUCCCUGCAGCACUUACCUUGUCCUUCGCUCCCACGAUGUGUCCCCUGCAGCAUCCCCGGCCAUCUCCUCCGGCCGAUGCCGACAUCGACAUCCGGCUUCUGUGUUCCGGUCCCUGUGACGUCGGGACGUACGGACGGCGGCGGGAAAUUUGAAAAUUUUAAAAAAUUUCAUUUUUUUCAAAACACAUUUUUCAUAUGCUUUGCCCUGUGCCCUGCCUGCGUUUUGUCUGUUCUUUCU